UAAAUCGCUCCUCCUUACACCCUCUCUCUUUUCCGCUCCCCUCACCUCCUUCAAGCCCACACUCCCCUCUUCUUCUUCUUCUAGGGCUCACCGCAUGGCCACCGAAGCCUCCUCGUCACCAUCAUCCAACGCCGGCGGUGGUGACCCGACCUCUUCGUCUCCUCCUCCCGCCUCCUCCGCCAUUGAUUUCCUCUCCCUCUGUCACCGCCUUAAGACGACGAAGAGAGCUGGAUGGGUUAAGAGAGGUGUGAAGGAUCCAGAGUCCGUAGCUGACCAUAUGUACCGCAUGAGUUUAAUGGCUCUCAUUGCUUCUGAUAUUCCUGGUCUCAAUCGAGACAAGUGUAUAAAGAUCGCCAUUGUUCAUGACAUUGCUGAAGCCAUUGUUGGGGAUAUAACACCCACAGAUGGGGUACCGAAGGAAGAGAAGAGCCGGCGAGAACAAGAGGCAAUAGACCACAUGUGCAAAUUACUUGGUGGAGGCUCAAUAGCUAAGGAACUAGGUGAACUGUGGUUGGAGUAUGAGGGGAAUUCCUCCCCAGAAGCUAAAAUUGUUAAAGACUUUGACAAGGUGGAGAUGAUACUUCAAGCCUUGGAAUAUGAGAAUGAUCAAGGAAAGGACUUGGAAGAGUUUUUCCAGUCAACUGCUGGGAAAUUCCAGACUGAUGCAGGCAAAGCUUGGGCAGCAGAGAUAGCAUCCAGAAGAAAAAAACAAGGCUAAUUUCCAGAAAGUUUUUCUUAGGGUUUAACAUUUUAACCUACUCAAACCUUAACAAUUUCGAGGUCAAAUAGUGCACAGGACAACAGCACCAGUAGUUCUGAGCAAGAACAGCAUAAUUCGUUGUUAGCUUGUAAUUCAUCUUUAUUUAUAUACAAACUUCAUAUAUAAUUUUAAGCUUGCACUUUUUGA